ACCUUCCUUUGUCCCUGUAGAAAGAGUCAGCAUCCACCAUAUCAGAGAGAAUAUAUUGUCACUUUCAUGUCCAUCUAGACCUUUCUCUAUGAGUUGGAAGGACCACCAUGCCUGCCCCUAUAUAUAUAUGAGCCAAAUGAUUCCUCACCAGCUCAAAAACAUAGUUCAAUCAGAAUCUAGAAGCUAGAGAUCCUAUAAUUAGACACCGAGUACAUCAGGAGUAGUCUGUGGAGACAGAGAUGGAUGAAGCACAAAAUUUGAAUAUGUGGGAAGGCUAUGUAGACUGGAGGAACAAGCCUGCUGUGAGAGGCCGUCAUGGUGGAAUGCUAGCAGCCACCUUUGUCUUGGUUGUGGAGGUACUAGAAAAUCUAGCAUUCCUGGCUAAUGCAAGCAACCUUGUGCUCUACCUAUCAAAGUUCCUGCAUUUCUCUCCAUCUGGCUCAGCAAAUAUUGUUACUAAUUUCAUGGGGACAUCCUUCCUCCUGGCUCUGGUUGGCGGUUUUCUAGCAGAUGCAUAUCUCAACACCUACUGCAUCUAUUUGAUAAGCGCCGUAAUCGAAUUCAUGGGGUUGUCAGUACUUACAGUCCAAGCUGGUAUCACCUCACUGAAACCACCUCCAUGUGUCACCAACACUAGCAUCCAAUGUGAAGAAGCGAACGGUGAGAAAGCAGCAAUAUUCUUCGCAGGCCUCUAUUUGGUGGCACUAGGUGUUGGAGGGAUCAAAGGUUCGCUUCCUCCACAUGGUGCAGAGCAAUUCGAUGAGACCACGCAGUUAGGAAGAAAGCAGAGAUCAGCAUUCUUCAAUUACUAUGUGUUCUGCCUCUCUUGUGGAGCUCUGAUUGCAGUUACAUUUGUUGUUUGGAUUGAAGACAACAAAGGUUGGCAAUGGGGUUUGGGAACUGCUACUGCUGCAAUACUCCUAUCAAUACCUGUCUUCAUCCUUGGCUCCCCAACUUAUAGGACCAAAGUUCCAACAGGCAGUCCCAUCACAACCCUUUUCAAGGUUCUAGGUGCAGCAAUUUACAAUGCCAGCAAAUCUAGGAGUCCUAGCAAUGCUAUCAUGGGAAUGGAGACGAGCUCCUGUGAUACCACUACUACCACCAGAGAAGGAGAAGAGAGAACCAACAAAAGCAAGACUCCAAACAAGACAACUGCAACUGAAAGCCUUGACUUCCUCAACGGAGCAACAAGUAACGAGAAUACUGCCAAUGGGAUGCUCCAAUGUAAAACCAAUGAGGUAGAAGAGGUAAAGAUUGUGGUGAGGAUACUCCCAAUCUUCAUGUCUACCAUAAUGUUAAAUUGCUGUCUUGCCCAGCUAUCUACCUUCUCUGUGCAACAAGCAGCAACAAUGAACACCAAACUAGGUUCAUUCAAAGUCCCACCAGCCUCACUCCCCAUUUUCCCAGUCAUCUUCAUUAUGAUCCUGGCACCAGUCUACAACCACAUCAUCAUACCUUUUGCUAGGAGGAUUACAAAAUCCGAAAUGGGAAUCACUCAUUUGCAAAGAAUAGGGACAGGAUUGGUACUUUCGAUCGUAGCAAUGAUGGUGGCAGCCAUUGUGGAGAGCAAGCGAAAGAGGACUGCAGCAGAAUCUGGAUUGCUAAAUGCUUCUGCUGAACCUCUGCCCAUGACAUUCCUUUGGAUAGCAUUGCAGUAUGUGUUCCUUGGAUCAGCAGAUCUCUUCACCUUGGCCGGAAUGAUGGACUUCUUCUUCUCGGAAGUCCCAUUCAGCAUGAGGUCAUUGGCCACAUCACUGUCUUGGGCGUCACUGGCGAUGGGAUACUAUCUAAGUUCUGUGAUCGUUGCGCUAGUAAAUAGCAUCACGGGUGCCUAUCGACAAACUCCUUGGCUCAAAGGUGGAAACUUGAAUGAGUAUCACCUGGAGAGGUUUUACUGGUUGAUGUGUGUGUUGAGUGGAAUCAACUUCCUGCACUAUCUGUUUUGGGCACGCCGCUACCAGUACAAAUCAACUGAGGCUGAAUCCGCGGAGUAAGCAGAUAAACCUACUCACCAAAUAUCAGCAUCUUUAUCUUCUGAAUCAACUUCACCGUCAUGUGAAGAUAUGUAUACUAGCUAGCUUGCCAUAAUUCUUGAUCCUGAGUAGUACCUAGUGAGCAUUCUGUUUCCAUCCUGUACCGAAACGUAUGAGAUUCUGAUACAAUAAAGCUUUUCACUUCAGUGC